GAACCUGCAGUCUAGUCCAGUGCAGUGCUAGUGCACCAGUCUGCAUUAUACAGUGUUGAAUCAAAUGAAAGCGCGUACUCGUAGACAUUCCCGAGUUUUCCUCAGACUACUUUGUUGGGAACGUUAGCGAAGAGAACGCUGUGCUGUGUUUUUCUGGUUUAGUUAGUGCUACUAGCGGCUUCAGCAACAAUUCCUGCUACAUGCUAGCUCGUGUUAGUUGUACUUUUUUUUACUUUAGUGCUGCAUGACGUUACUGAAGUAGAAUGCUCUAAUUAUUUCUAAGUGUCCUCAAUCUUGGUAAAGUGGCCCGAACAUGGGUCGCGUUCCAGCCACCACCAUCUUUGUCGUUGCGCUUCUGCUGGGCACCAGGCUAUGCGCUGCGUUGGUCAGUGGAAAGACUAUCGAUUAUAUCGCCAUAAACCGUUACGAAGAGUGUCACGAUGGCACACCUGGUAUGUCGGCAACUACGCUGACAUGCCAUGUGGGUGCAAAAGACCCAUCCGUUCCAGUCAGCCUGGAGUGGCAUCAUAAUGGCCACGUGAUCACAUCUCGUGUCAAGAGUCAUAUUUACAUCAGGGGAAGUUUCAAUGAUGAUCUUAUUAUAAGUAAAGCAACAACAGCAGACACGGGCGUGUACUCUGCUAUCAUUACGGGUACCAAUGUCAUAGCAUGUGACAUUUCAUUACGUGUGAUGCCAGAAAAUACCUCGUGCUCAUAUCCACCGCCUGGAAUGCAACCAACAGUUAUUUUAGCCAGCGCACCCCAGAAGCAAGAACUAGUCGUAGAAGGAGUCGAGACGUGUGUUCCCUCUUUACCAGAAUCUGUUAGCAGCUACUACUUGUCUAGGACGUACAACAUCACCAUCACCACCUUCAGGGAGCAGAAAGUGAUCCGACUGAAGGUGCCUGGCACCAACUCCAGCAAGUUGUGCUACAGGGCUGGUGAUAUUAGUCCAACGGAAUAUGUGGAGGUGGUGACGGUUGACGACCAGGCGAACUGUCCGCUCGCUUUUCCCUGCGUGUAUAUCUGGAAUUCAAAGUACCUUGUCUCUACAAUCAACCGUGCAUCAAUCCUCGACGUCACAAGCAAUGUGUCGGUUCCAAUUGGCCAGGCAUUCACGUACACGUGUACCGGCACCGGGUACAACCCGCAAAUGCGCCUGAUCGACGAAUUUGGCAAUCUCAUCGAAGGCACCGGAGGUCGGCAUUUCAAUGUCGUCACGACGACCGGCCGACUGACUACCCAUUUACUGGCAAACAGUACGGUGGCUUCGAUCAGCAUUUCGGGCGCUUUCAGUCCGGCCUGGCACACCGACGUGCUGUGUGUAGUUGAAAACACUGCACACAGUGACCUGCACAUCGAUUAUAGUCGGCCAGAGAAUGAGGACAGACGCUUAACGGUGCUAAAGCCUAUCAGGAAGCCAGUCAUUGACAUUGUGCGCAAGGAGAGUCUUUGCAAUGGAACACUUCUGCAGUGCGUAGCGUACGGAGAUCCAGCACCGAAUCAAACGUGGCUCUUCAACGGCCAAUUGAUGGCUAAUGCCUCUGACCCCUUUCUCAUGGUGUUUGACGAGUCAGGCAAGAAAGGAACCUACACAUGUGUUGGGGUGAACUUACGGGGUGUAGCACGACAAUCCGUCGUAGUGAAUGGGACAAAUUGCCCAGACCACCCCGAUUCAGUUUCCGGUCUCAACGUCAACAUAAUCAUAAUCCUGGUAUCCGCUGCCAUUAUUGGAAUCACCUUUGUGGUGGUGAUUAUCUGCCUACAACGGGCAAGGGCUGGACGGAAUAAUAGUAAAGAUGACACCGAGAGCACUAGCAACACUAAUAUUUCCGCUUCAUCUAUGGACGGGCUCAGUGGGCGAACGACAAGAUCGAAUGCUAUGGACUCGCUGGCGGAUAUGAUCGGCGUGCCGAACGACAAGAAAAUUCCCCUACCCGCUGAUAUAGCCCUCAUCCCCGAGCAUGCUUCGCCGGAAAACAGCAAUUAUAAUGAUGCUUCCACGCAUACAAGUGUUCCCGUGAUUUCGUGAUUUUGAUGUGACGAAGCUCUACUGACGGAGCUGACCGACGGAUCUGGAAUAUCAGGAGCUAUUCAGCUCUGGAUCAUCAAGGUUGUGUGUAUGUGUGUGCGUGUGUUUGUGUGACAGUGUAAUGUGCGCUGGUUUGUCUGCGUGCGUGUGAAGGUUUGUGUGUGAAAGCAUAGUGUUUGAGAGUGCAUGCCCUGCCAGUGCUUUCCCUAGCUAGCAGCCUUGUGAUAGGUAUAGUAGUGCUGUAAGUGUUUUGUUCUACCUUCACUCAGUGCUUGGUCCGUUGUCAAGAUUCUAACAUCGCAUUUGUACCCUUGAGCCCAUAGCAAUUAUCGACAAUCCCAAGCUGGCAAUACGCACCCAUCAGGAGAAAUUCUGCAACACUCCACACCCGGACUAUUGUAUAACCCCGCUCAUGUUUGCCAUUCACUUUUCGACCCGAAUUAGAUAUGAAACUGCCAAGCCACUUCAGCUUGAGGAUAUUUACUGGUACAAACAGAUAUUAGGUAUGCUGACAGUCAAUUUUGACUCUGAACUUUGCCAGCACUUGAACUCAACUUUCAUCUGUUUGUCAAGCAACCAAGCUCACGCUUGCUUCAAUGAUGAUAUAACCAUGUUCUCACACUUUACUUUACUUUCAUUCGGUGCAUCCCGCUUAGCCGUUGAGAUUAUUCCAUAUAUGCUAUCAAGCCACUCAGAUACAGACACCCGAACUACUAGUACCUGUGUUUUUGACUCA